UUGUUUAACUUCCGGGUGGUUGUCACGGACGCUCUCCGUGUUGGAAAUAACGGAAUACCAUGUACAUUGCUAAUGCUUCAGUAUUUACCUACUACUGUUGUGGUUUCUAUUGAUAAAUCCUGAACACUUAUUAACAGCACCCUUACAGAGUGCAGGGUGGUCAUGGAGUGGCCGGGGGACUUUCCACACGACCAUGCCUUCAUGGAGCUGCUGGUCCCUGGGGUGCCAAGCGAGAUCGACUACCAGCAGCUUCUCCAAGACACAGAGGAAAAGCUCCAUCUCAAUGCCUGCAGUAUUGAGCAGAGCCUGAAGGAGCUGCAGGCCAAGAUGGGAGGCGGCCUGACCGGGGAGCUGCCUGCGAGCCCAACAGAGGUCCUGCAGUGGCUCAGUCCCCAGAGCAUCAGUGGCACCCGGCCGGUGGCCACAGGACAUCAGGACAUCAUGGACUUCCUCAAGGCUUUGCACCAGUACCUGGGCUCAGACGAGGAGGGCAGAGAGGAGACGGUGCUACUGCUGCUGGUGAACCUGUCCUCCCAGUGCGGCAUCUCCUUCUCCAGCCCCCCCUCCUCCUCCUCCUCCGGCUCCCUGUCCGGGCAGCAGGCCACCUCCUCGUUCCCGGUGGUCAACACGCUGAGAGACGACUGCUCCCUGGAGGUCCAGGAGGCCUGGGACGACGUGCGUCGCCCGCUGCGGCGCCACCUGCUGGCCCGGCUGUCCUCCUGCGCUCCAGAGGAUCAGGGACCCAGGCGGCUGUUUACCUUGUCCCUCGCCGAACGGGUCCACUGCCUCCAGCAGCUGUGUUUCCUCUAUCCCGAGGCUGAAGUGCUUUCACACUACCAGGCGGUGAGGAGCCAGUGGGUGCUGUCCUUCCUGCACGCCGCCCUCGGCUCGUGUCCCGGGGGGACGGGCUUCGACAGAGUCUCGUCCGCCCUCCACGCGGCUCGGCCGGCCCUGGUCACGGCGGUGAGCGAGGAGCUGCAGGUGCUUGGCGGGGUCACGGAGACCCUCCACGCCGUCCUGGCCUUCGUGGCCGCCGCCUACCUGUCGCCCCUGGCCCGGGAGCUGGCGUCCGUGAUGGAGCGGGAGGCGGAGACGGCGGUGAAGGAGAACACCACGCUCAGCGGCCGGAUCCUGUGCUACUCGGCCAAGUCCAAGGCGACCGUCGGUGGGUGAAGCCCGGCCGUCUUUAAAUCUGUUUCUUUAUUCAACUUAAUGCCACUGUGGGGAUGUUUCACUUCGUUUUAUUUUUAUUUUUACUGAUAGAAACACGGUUAGCGAAUGCCCUCGCCCUUGUUUCUCCGGCUCAUGGUUAUGCAGCCUCUCCUCUUUCAUCCUCACCGUCUUGCCGCCUGAUAAGGUCCCGUGCGCUGCUUCCUUUUCUAAUAUCUUUUUCCUUGGCUCCUGUUGUGAGCGCUGUAGCCUGCGCCACAACAAGCCAAGGCUUCUCUGGGCAAUUGUCAGAAGCAGCCUUUUCCUCUUCCUAAUUACAUUUUUCUACUUCACUUCCCCCCCCCCCUUCAGCUAUACCUUCACCAAUGCAAGUAGAAUAACAGUUUAUCCAGAGGCAAGGUCUCUCUUGAAACUACUUUCCAACCACUAUUCAACGCAUCCUUUUACUACAGCUGCAAUAAGUUCCAAACCCACGCAAGGGCCGCAACGCCGCGUUCAAGGUCUGCCUGCAGUGAGAGUGCGUGUGUGUGUGUGUGUGUGUGUGUAUGUGGGUGUGUAUGUGUGUGCUGGUGUGCGUGUGUCCAUGUGUGCCUGCGUGCAUUUCAUAUGGCUUCAAUGACUAAACAUUAGCCUUUAUUCAAUCUCUUCUUUAAUUCACCAGUUAAUCCCUACGGCCGGUUAACAUGGAUCCUCAGUAUCAUCCUGUUCCUCGUCGCCGUAGCGAUCUGCCUAGUAAAUCUAUAGUAAGCCCUCGGAAGCCCCAGCCCACCUGUGGAAGCGUUAUGUUAAAUGCAACACAUUAACCCAUACUGCGUUUCUCUCUGCUCCUGAGUGUGGAGGGAACAAUGGAGAGGCUAUGCACACGGUUUAACUCUCGCUCAACCUUGAAUUGAAUUCUGCAGAGAAAAAGAAUAUAAAACACCUUUUAUGGGUAUGAAAAAUACUUAUAUUAUGUCCCAUUUCUUUUGGUAUAAAAUGUGGCACAAUACCAAGUGACAUGCAUUCAUGCAGCAAAAAGUAUAAGGGUGGCUGGCAGGGUGCGUGGGUUCACAGCCCCACACAACCUACUGUGUAACUUUUGAUUUGACUUAAUAUUCCCCAUUUCUUCUCUCUUUCUUUUUCCCUUCUUUGUUUUUUUUCAUUUUUUUACCGCCUCACGCUGGCCUAUUUACAGAUUGCUGAGGCUUAAGGUUUUCCAUAAAAGGCUUAAAGUGUCUGAGCCAUUGUUUACUUUUUCAUAAUGGUGCAUAUGUCAACUUCCCCGUGGGACGGCGAACUGGGUACUUUCACAUCUGCCAGUCUUGUAAUAACACGCUGCCGCUAUCACUUUCAGCUUUUUUUUUUGUCCCCCUUUUCAUUCCUACGUACCUUCCGCCCCUCUCUAUCUCUUCUUCUUCUUCUUCUUCCUCUUCUUCUUCUUCCCGUCGUCCGCUCCGCGGCGGGCUCUACACCUUCACUCCCCUUAAACGAGAGAUGAGAGGAGGCAGCCCGGGUAAUUGGCCCUGCGUCAGCCCGGCUGUUUGAUCAGGAGCGCGGCGGAGGCUACACACCUACGUGCCGCUCGACAAACCGUCAAAUGUACCACCGGAGGCAGAACAAGGCUCCAAAGGGAGCGGGGGGGAUAGGGGGGGGACCGUACUGUGUAAUGACGGUAAAAUGGAGCAGUUUGUGUGCGUGUGUGUGUGUGUUUGUUUGUCUUCUUUUUUUGUGUGUGUGUGUGUGGGAAGACAAGAGACUACCAGCUGCAGCGCACACGAAGGAAGAGGUACAGGCAAGGAUUACACUCAUUCAUAUCGUUCUUAGCUCUCAGCCCCUCAUCCCACAAAAAAAAAAAAAAGGCACAAUACAUGGAUAAAAUAUAUGAAUACAUAACUGUUAUAAUGCAUCGCAAAAAUGUUAUACGAUAAAGCAAAAACACACACAGAAAGCUAUGGAGCAGGGCACCGUGACGCCAGCGGCUUUACCUUACAUGUAGAACACGUUCGGUUCUCCCGUUCCACACGAGGCGGCGUGCGCGCCCCCGCCUCUAACUGCCAACUCAAUUAUGGCAGCGGACAUAAAGAGAGGGGGAAACAACACAACGAAGAGCGGGAAAGUGCUCCUAUUUCCACCAGCCUCCGACGGGCUGCUCAGAGGCUACCCCCCCUCCUGCUGUGUUAUUGUUGAUCUCUGCGGUGGGGGCGGCGCUAUAGGUGUGUGUUUUGAUGUGCCCCCGGGGGGAUGCGUGGCGCCCCCAGGGGGCGGAGCAGGCGUCAGUAGCGUCAGCCACUGUCAAACCGCUGAACCGUUUAACGGCGUCUGCGGCGGGAAAACUGCCUCCUCUUUUAACCCCGCCGACUCAAAAAGGCACUUCUGACACGCUUCUCCAGACAGAUGUGAGAUAAGGGGGGGGGGGGGGUCUCAAAGCCGCACCAUCCCCCCACGACCUCAUUGUAUAAUUUUCUUUGUAAUAUAUAUAUAUAUUUCUUUUUUGUACUACAGUACUUCUUCUGCACUUCUCUCUCCUUCUCUUAAUUGUUGCCCCCCCCCCUCUUCCUAUUUCCUGGUGGUGGGUGUAAUGGUGUGAGCCAGAAGAGGUUUACUUUACACAUGCGGUUGCAGAGUCUAAAUGUUCUGGCAAUUGACGGGGUUGUGGUCGUGUGUGAACACAAGUCAGUGUCCAAAUAAAAAGCGAUUCCUCCGGUUUCCCUGACAACAGAGCGUGUUCCAGCUGGACGCAAAUGUGAACGUUUGCUGAUGAAUUGCCAGAUGACGCACUCACUGGACACACUGUAUCGUAUGGAAGGGAAAUCAGCUUUUUAGAAAGCUAUUUUCUGGUACCAAAUUCCAAAACAUCAGUUGUUUGAAUAUCAAGGAGUUUUUAACCAACAUGUAACCUGUGUGUGUGAGUGUGUGCACGUGUGUGUGUGUGUGUGGGCGUGUGUAUUUGAUGGGAGGUGCUAUGUGUGCCUGUGUGUAUGUGUGUGCGUGUGCGUGUGCAUAUGCAGAGAGAGGGAUGUGUGUGUAUGUGUGUUUUUGUGUGUGUACAACAUACAUUCACAUCUGAGCGUGUGUUUAGAUAUGCAUGUGCCCUUUGCCUUCCCGUUGUCUAUUGUGUAUAAAAAAAUUAAAAAAAGGUCAAUCAGAACACUUCAAUGGCUUUUCUUAAAAAAUAUCUUUCGCAUUGAAUCCCCUCAUGUUAUCCAUCAUUUACAUAUAAAUGCCUCAGAGAUCUGUGUUUUUGUGGGACAUCAAAAGCCUGCAUUCAAACUUCUGCGCUUACCCACUCCCACUCACACGCCGUCUAUUCCCUAACAAUCGACCACGGGGGUGAGUGCGAGGUUGCGGAUCAGAAGGCAUUGUGCAUCCCCGCACCGGGAGCAGGGAUUUUAAAUACCUCCUUCCUCGCACU